UUUUUUUUUUGAGACUGAAUCUCUGUCACCCAGGCUGGAGUGCAGUGGUGCUAUCUCCGCUCACUGCAACCUCCGCCUCCUGGGUUCAAGCGAUUCUCCUGCUUCAGCCUCCCAUGUACCUGGGAUUACAGACGCCCGCCACCGUGCCUGCCUAAUUUUUGUAUUUUUAGUAGAGACAAGGUUUCACCAUGUUGGCCAGGCUGGUCUCGAACUCCUGACCUCAGGUGAUCCGCCCACCUCGGCCUCCCAAAGUGCUGGGAUUAUAGGCGUGAGCCACCGAUCCUGGCCGACCUCCUCAGCUUCUAAAGGACACAGUACCUUUGAGGAAUGUGGACGGAGGGAUGGAGUCCUACACUCCUGGGAUGCCGAAAUGCUGAGAGUCAAGAGACUGGGAUUUGGGGGGACAAGGCUUCCAGGGUUCCGCCUGAGCAAGGGAGUUUUUGACUUCUUAGAUAGGAGGGUCUUUCACUUCCUUUGGAGUGGGUCUCUGACCUGGGAAUGUGGGGUCUGGGUUUGAUGGUCCGGAGAAGGAAUAAAUAGCCCUAGGAUAGGAUGGGUAAAGGCCAAGGUUUCUUGGGAUGGGGGUUUCUGAAUGGAGCAGGGGCCUCCUGAGAUCCUGGGGAGGGUCCCCAGUUCCUUGGGUAUCAGGGCAUGAGGCCAGGGUUUAGGGGAGGAGCUCCUGAGCUUCUGAAGAGAGGGGCAGGGUUCACGUGGGGAUCUCAAGGAAGAAUGCGGUCUCGUCUCCUACCCUGUGGAACUGGAGUGCUGCUGGCAGCGUAGAUGGAGAGGGAACCGGGAUGAGGCCGGGGAGAGGAUGCCCAGAGUAGGGGUUCUGUGCUCUAGUGGGGAGAGUACAAUGAAUUAUAGGGGAGGUGCUUGAGCCCUGGAAGGAUCUAAGGCUGGUGGGAGGUGUCUGAGGCUAGGGGCGGACGGGGAGGGGGGGUCCGAGGCCAGCCUAGGAAGGGGAAUUCCCUGAAAAGGGGACAUAUAAGGAGGUGGCUCCAACUGCCCCGCCUCUGCCUCGGUUGUGUCCCGCUCCCCCGCACUCUGGGCGCUGUCCCAGCCUGCCCAGCGCUGCCCAGCCUCCAGAGGCAGAGGACCCAGACCGGGGCCAGCCCUGCAACUCCUGUAGGGAGCAGUGCCCCGGCUUCCUGCUCCACGGCUGGAGGCCGAGCGUCCUAUCCUCCUGCUGGAGCCCUGCACCCAACAAACAGAGCCUACAGCCCCCAGACUCAGGCCCUACCGACAGGCUCAGAGCCCACAAAUUCAGAGCCUCACCACAGAAAGAUCUGCCAGCAUUGCAAAUGCCCGCGGGAGGAGCAUGCAGUGCACGCGGUGCCUGUGGACCUGGAACGCAUCAUGUGUCGGCUAAUCUCGGACUUCCAGCGCCACUCCAUCUCCGACGACGACUCAGGCUGUGCAUCGGAGGAGUAUGCCUGGGUGCCCCCAGGCCUUAAGCCGGAGCAGGUAUAUCAAUUUUUCAGCUGCCUCCCAGAGGACAAGGUCCCCUACGUCAACAGUCCUGGGGAGAAAUACAGGAUCAAGCAGCUGCUGCACCAGCUGCCCCCACACGACAGUGAGGCACAGUACUGCACAGCACUGGAAGAGGAGGAAAGGAAAGAGCUCCGAGCCUUUAGCCAGCAGCGGAAGCGGGAGAAUCUGGGGCGUGGCAUCGUGCGCAUCUUCCCGGUGACCAUCACUGGGGCCAUCUGUGAGGAGUGCGGAAAGCAGAUUGGAGGUGGGGACAUCGCAGUGUUUGCCAGCCGUGCAGGCCUGGGUGCCUGCUGGCACCCACAGUGCUUCGUGUGUACCACGUGCCAGGAACUGCUGGUUGACCUCAUCUACUUCUACCAUGCUGGCAAGGUCUACUGCGGGCGUCACCAUGCCGAAUGCCUGCGUCCACGCUGCCAAGCCUGUGACGAGAUCAUCUUCUCCCCUGAGUGCACGGAGGCUGAGGGCCGCCACUGGCACAUGGAUCACUUCUGCUGCUUUGAGUGUGAAGCUUCACUAGGAGGGCAGCGCUAUGUCAUGCGUCAGAGCCGCCCCCACUGCUGCGCCUGCUACGAGGCCCGCCAUGCGGAGUACUGUGAUGGCUGUGGGGAGCACAUCGGCCUGGACCAAGGCCAGAUGGCUUACGAGGGCCAGCACUGGCAUGCCUCAGACCGCUGCUUCUGCUGUAGUCGCUGUGGGCGGGCCCUGCUGGGCCGCCCAUUCCUGCCACGCCGAGGCCUAAUCUUCUGCUCUCGAGCCUGCAGCCUUGGGUCCGAGCCCACAGCUCCAGGGCCGAGCCGCCGCAGCUGGAGUGCCGGCACUGUCACAGCCCCACUUGCAGCCUCCACAGCCUCUUUCUCUGCUGUGGAGGGGGCAUCAGAGACCACCACCAAAGGCACCAGCACAGAGUUAGCGCCAGCUACAGGCCCUGAGGAGCCCUCCCGCUUUCUGAGAGGGGCUCCCCACCGCCACUCCAUGCCGGAACUGGGGCUCCGCAGUGUCCCCGAGCCGCCCCCAGAGUCCCCCGGCCAGCCUAACCUGCGCCCGGAUGAUAGUGCCUUCGGUCGUCAGAGCACCCCACGCGUCAGCUUCCGCGACCCUCUGGUGUCUGAAGGAGGUCCGCGCCGGACCCUCAGUGCACCCCCGGCCCAGCGCCGCAGGCCACGCAGUCCCCCACCCAGGGCCCCCAGCCGUCGCCGCCACCAUCAUAAUCACCAUCACCAUCACAACCGCCACCCAAGCAGACGUCGCCACUAUCAAUGUGACGCGGGAUCAGGGUCAGACUCGGAAUCUUGCUCCAGCUCGCCCUCCAGUUCCAGUUCCGAAUCGUCAGAGGAUGAUGGCUUCUUCCUAGGAGAGCGCAUCCCUCUGCCCCCGCAUUUGUGCAGGCCCAUGCCUGCUCGGGACACUGCAACGGAGACCUUCAACUCCCCAUCUUUAUCGCUCCCCAGGGACUCUCGCCCAGGGAUGCCUCGUCAGGCCCGAGACAAGAACUGCAUCGUGGCUUGAAGGCAGGCCGUCCUGGAGGGGGCUCCAUUCUCCAGUCAGAGUAGAUGAUGAGGCCCAUACCCCUCACCCCCACGCCCCGCCCCCACAACCUAAGUCAUAAAUCCUCUUCCUCCCUCCUUUAUCUGUUUGUUUCUAUUUUUGUUUCUGUUUUAGAGACUUGGUCUGCCCUAUUGCCCAGGCUGGAGUGCAGUGGUGUGAUCAGGGCUCACUGCAGCCUCAAAAGUUUUGGGCUCAAGCUAUCCUCCCACCUCAGCCUCCCAAGUAGCUGGGACUCCAGGCUCGUGUCAGCGUUCCCAGCUAAUUUUUUAAUUUUUUGGUAGAGAUGGGGUUUUGCCAUGUUGCCCAGGCUGGUCUAGAACUCCUGGGCUCAAGCAAUCCUCCCGCAGCCUCCCAAAGGACUGGGAUUACAGGCAUGAGCCACUGCACCGGGCCUCUCGUUUGUAUUAUUGAAGUAAUUUAAUAUUUGUUGUAAAACAGGCCUGGCUUCUUUGCCUCCUUGCCCCAGCUGUUUCCACUCCAUUUCCGCCUCCUGAUGCUUGAAAUUUACCCACAUUUGAUGAAAGGAUUACUUUAUUCAUUAUCGUAUAUUUUAACAAUGUUUAUUAUUCACUUAUCCCUCUAUAGAACCACCACCCACACCGAGGAGAUUAUUUGGAGUGGGUCCCAACCUAGGGCCUGGACUCUGAAAUCUAACUCCCCACUUCCCUCAUUUUGUGACUUAGGUGGGGGCAUGGUUCAGUCAGAACUGGUGUCUCCUAUUGGAUCGUGCAGAAGGAGGACCUAGGCACACGCAUAUGGUGGCCACACCCAGGAGGGUUGAUUGGCAGGCUGGAAGACAAAAGUCUCCCAAUAAAGGCACUUUUACCUCAAA